AUGGAGGAACCCACGCCGGAUGAGGGAUGUGGAAUCACUAUCAUAGCUAAAUCCCGCAAAACCAGUAAAACCCUAGCACCAAUUCAAUCCCAGAAACUUGAUGCCGUCCAUGAUGCUCCUCAGUUUGAGAAAUUCACAAAUCCCGACCCUAGCACCGACACCACACCCGCCGUGACCUUCGAAGGGCUCGGAUUAGCCGAGUGGGCAGCUGAAACGUGCAAGGAGCUUGGCAUGCUCAAACCCACUCCAGUUCAGACUCACUGCGUGCCCAAGAUAUUAGCCGGACGAGACGUCUUAGGCCUUGCUCAGACCGGUAGUGGUAAAACGGCUGCGUUUGCUCUCCCGAUACUUCACCGCCUCGCUGAGGAUCCUUAUGGAGUCUUCGCGCUUGUGGUGACCCCCACCAGAGAGCUCGCGUUCCAGCUCGCCGAGCAGUUUAAGGCCCUGGGCUCGUGUUUGAAUGUGCGUUGCUCUGUGAUUGUUGGAGGAAUGGAUAUGCUGACGCAAACUAGGAGCUUGAUUUCACGACCUCAUAUCGUCAUCACUACUCCUGGAAGAAUCAAAGUCUUGCUUGAAAACAAUCCAGACAUUCCUCCAGUUUUCUCUAGAACCAAGUUCUUAGUGCUGGAUGAGGCGGAUAGAGUUCUUGAUGUUGGUUUCCAAGACGAGCUACGAACAAUCUUUCAGUGUCUGCCCAAAAGUAGACAAACGUUGUUGUUCUCUGCGACGAUGACUACUAACUUACAGACUCUGCUCGAGCAUUCUUCAAACAAAGCUUAUUUCUAUGAAGCCUAUGAAGGGUUAAAGACGGUUGAUACUCUUACGCAGCAGUACAUUUUCUGUGACAAAGACGCCAAAGAACUGUACCUUGUGCACAUCUUGUCUCAGAUGGAAGACAAGGGCAUUAGAUCGGCCAUGAUUUUUGUCUCGACCUGCAGAACAUGUCAAAGGUUAAGUCUUAUGCUUGAAGAGCUUGAAGUGGAAAACGCAGCUUUGCAUUCACUGAAUUCCCAGUCUCUGCGUCUCUCUGCUCUCAGUAAAUUCAAGUCUGGGAAAGUACCGAUAUUGCUUGCGACUGAUGUUGCCAGCCGUGGAUUGGACAUUCCUACUGUUGACCUUGUCAUCAAUUAUGACAUUCCGAGAUUUCCGAGGGAUUAUGUUCAUCGUGUUGGACGUACAGCUAGAGCUGGUAGAGGAGGACUGGCUGUGAGCAUCAUCACUGAGACCGAUGUGGACCUUAUCCAUGAAAUAGAAGCGGAAGUUGGAAAACAGAUGGAACUGUACAACUGCAGAGAUAUCACCGACAGUUUGGAAGUCUCAAGGGUAUCGAAAGCUAAAAGAGUGGCAAUGAUGAAGAUGCUAGACGAUGGAUUCGAAGACAAGGUCAAAGACCGGAAGAAACUUAAUCGUAAAACACUUGCGGAUAAAGGGAUGCUUCAGAAACGGAGCAAAAGGAGAAAAUCCGCAGAAGAUAACUGA